AAAUGACAAAAAACUAAGAUUCAUUUGGCACUUCGCAUAUGGGUAAAGUCUUGCAUCUUGACUGGUCCAUUCUUAGGUUCGUAUAAAUAAAUGUAUUAUAGCAUACAAUUAACAGGGAUAUUAUACCAAGUCAUGGCUGCCGUACAUCUGUUUACAAAAUUCAAGGUAUGGCUAACGAUUUAAUUCUAGUGCUUGAUAUAGGAUGUGGGCAAGACAAUAACAAACUGUCAACCAUCUCAUAAAUCGAUAAAACGAAAUACAAAUUCAAAACAGAGCAACACGGACCUCUAAAAAGAUAGAGGUGGGAUUAGGUGCCUAGGAGGAGUGAGCAUCUUCUGUUGAACGGUCACACCCGCCGCUUUGUCACAGUUGAGCACAUCAUAAUCGAGAUUUUCAUGAUUGAUGUACUAGCUGUUCGAAGAUGGGACAAAUUUUGCAAUAUUUCUCGAGUGAACCACCAGUGUGUAAAAAUGAAGAGGAUUUACUAAAUUACGCCUGGAAGUCAGUGCGAUUAAAAUGUGUCGACACUCUUGUUAAAAAUGAAGUUACCUUGAAGAUGCGAGGAAUGUAUGGAUGUUCCGAGAACAAUGGAAUAAAGGUUCUCAAAGAAUAUACUCCCUUAGUUAUAGCAUGCAUGUAUAGGGAUUUGAAACUGGCCACUAAACUUAUAAAACUUGGGGCAGAUGUUAACCUAUGUCCCCAGGAAAACCGAUUUGCGUCUGAAGAGGGCGUUCCACCAUUGUAUUAUGCAACAAAUGCGCGAGAUGCUGAGAUGGUUAAAUUAUUGUUCAAUUCAGGGGCGGAUGUAAAUGGUCUCAAAGGUCGUCCACAGUGUUUGAACCUCCAGGAACCAGUAAACGAACUAUACAGUAUCUUUGAUAUCAACCGAGGAACUUAUUCCAGGUCUGCUAAAAGCUGUAGACGACCGCAAGCGUCUCUUCGAGAUCUCGUGGAACUUUAUCUAGAGGCCGGGGCAAAGUUAAACACCACACGAUGGGGGCCUUGUCUGUUUUACGGGAGAGGGAGAGUCUUUAAGGCCAACCGCCCAACGACUUUAAAUAUUCCUGGACCAUAUUUUAAAUGUGACACGGCAAUCCUACUUCUACAGCACGGUGUGGAUCCAAACAUGUAUAACCUCAGUGAUGUUUGGUUCCAGUUCAGUGGACACAAUUGUUUUCGCUCGAAUAAUGAUUGUGUACAGUUUAGUACUUUAUUGGAAACGUUUUUAGGGGCUGGGUAUCAUUUAACUAGCGCCGACAUAAACAAUCGAUUCAUCAGAGAAAACCUGAAACGUAUUGACGUUAAUGUUGAAGAACCCGUCAGCUUGAAACAGAUGUGUAGGUCAGCAAUAAGAGAACGUUUAAGGAAAAGUUCUAAAGAUACAACAAUAUUUCCAGCUAUUGAUACCUUACACAUUCCAUCCCAGCUGAAGGAUUAUUUAAAACUCCGCGAUAUCAUCGACAUUUGUAGCUCAUCUAUCCAUUGUAGAGCUAAUUUUUGAAAAUGCAAUGCAAUUUGUUUCUUAUUUCAAAAGGCGUAAAUAAAUAUCUCGUACCUGAGAUUUUAUUGGAUUUCUUAAAGUUACAGUAGUCAGUGACUUGAUUUAGUUUUUAAAACAUUCCUCGUUGCAGUUUGUAGUUGAAAUCCAUACCAUUUACAUGUAACAAUUUGUAAAAUCAAAAUAUCUCUGAAAGAAAAAAGACUGAAAGGAUAUAGAAAAAUGGUGAUGUCACAAACGUUGAACGCUGUUAAGUGCAACUUCAAAAGCUACAAUUAAAGAUCACGUUUGUGGCUGUUACAGUGGCUCUUCAAUUAAUUUGAAAUUACCCAUUUGAUAAUACAGUAAUUUUUAUGUAUAAUUCACAUUUGCAGACAACGCUUGUUAUUCAGUUUUUAUGCACACACCGCUGCAGUUAUGGGACUUUAUCUUUCAAAAAAUAAGGAUCCAAUGCUUAAAA